AUGUUUCGUUCAAAGACGGGAUCCUUGCGCAAACGGCUAAAGAACGUCCAUUUCGAGUUUGUUGACCCUCCGUUCACAAGCAAGCAUGAGAGCAUCGGAGAGGGCCUGAGCUGGUACGAGUUCAGCACGGUAGGAGAAGAUGAGGUGAAGUGGUCAAGGUUCGACGAAUCCCUUCAAUACAUCAGCGAGGGUGCUUGCGUUGCUGCCCUCCUGUCUGUGCUCAGAGAGAGGGAUAGUCUUCCUCCUCCCGUGCAGUUUCAGUUCGUCUGGCUGUUCAGCGGCUUCUGCCCGAAAGAUCCAGAAUGGAGAAAACUGUGCCUUGAGACGCAGGUAGCAAGGGUCCGCAAAAUUUCCUCUGUGCAUGUGAUUGGCGAAACUGAUCAGAUCAUUUCUCCUCAGCGAAGCACGGAGGCGGCAGGUAUCUUUACAGACUCGGUCAUCAUCCGGCAUGAGAAAGGCCACCUCGUCCCUUCUGACAAGAAGAUUUCUGACGGCCUCCUCUCUUUCCUCGAAGCGCACACAAGCUGA